AAGGAGGAACUCCUGCGGACCAGGCCCGCCGGGGCCGGAGGUUCCGGCCGGGGACCGUGGCCCUCCGUGAGAUCCGGAAGCUGCAGAGGACUUGGAAGCUGCUGAUCCCCUUCGCACCCUUCGUCAGACUUGUAAAGGAGAUUACUAGCUUCUAUUCAAGAGAUGUGUCUCGAUGGACAGCUGAAGCUCUGUUUGCAAUUCAAGAGGCCACAGAAUGUUAUAUCCAUGGGCUAUUUGAAGAUGCAAAUCUAUGUGCAAUUCAUGCCAAACGUGUUACUCUUAGCAAUACACGAGCAACGGUCUCUCUGAUGUUUCUGAUGGCAAGAUCCCACCAGCAGUGGAGGGUAACGAGCCAAAUAGUCACAUCUGCCACCAGGAUUGGAGAUUACAGCAGCAUGUAUGAGAAAAUGUGGAGUACCUCUCUCUCCUUAGAAAUUGCAAAGCAGCUGAAAUUAAAGAAUACUAUUCUUUUUCACAAUCAUUACAAUGUGUCUAUUUCAAAUUUUUGGAAGCAAAUACGAAAAAUACAUGAAGUGGCAAUUUAUACAUACAAAUGUUCAUUGUCUGCAAAUGAAGUUGGAGAGGGUGCCAUGACAUCAACAUGAAGGUCUGCAUGCCUGUUCGGAUGUUGCUGGCUUUGAAACUCAGUGGUGCAAUAAGAUAGUGAUCGAUUCGACUCUUACUGCCACGGCUUCUUUGAUGAUGGUUCUGAUGGUGGCUCCACCUACCAAGCAACCAUGCAGUCAUAUAAACAUAUAUAAUUUAUGAAAUGUCCAAGGCCAGACUGAAUGCUGUGCUGUAGUCUCAUUUUUUGAGCUUGUAAAUUGAUGUUUAAGUUUUGUGUAGUUACAUAAUACGAAACGUUUGUUAG